AAAUUCAAGAAAAUCACAAUUAAAGCCUGGCAUGAUCACUGAAAACCUCAUUUGUUUGGGCAGAUUUAAUUCAAAACAAAAAUUCAUUUUUUCAACAACCGAUGGUUGUAGAACAUCACUUCAUCAUUGCUGAUGACAUUUGAUAGGUUUCGGUGAGCUGGAGGUAAAGACGGACCCGAAAACUAGCAUCCAAAAUAUAACACUAGCGCGCUCAAUACUAUGAUGAUUACCCUGUGGAGUCUCUAAAGGCACAGCUUGGAGCAGCCUUUUCUUUUCACUACUUUCGGGAGGUCACUUCUUUCUGGGGCGCGAUUCUUUCUGAUAUCUAAAACGUAUACCGUAAAUGGGUCGAUCUAUUGGAGUAGGGGAGAUAGUCUCUGCGGUAUGUCUCUGUUCGAUGACUUACUCGUUUGGAAAUCUACUCGAGGUAUUGCAUUAUGUUUAAGUUUUGAAUAGAUAAAACACAUGGUAUUAUGAGAAAUAAGAAACGCGCUUACAUAAUUUUAUUUUCUUAAAUUAUAAGGGAUGAAUUCCACCAACGCCACUACGGCUUGGAUGAAUUCCGCCAACGCCACUACAGCUUCAGACGCCCUCUCAAUCACUUCAAAGAUUGCCAUAGUCACAGCUUAUGUAAUCAUCUUUACAAUCGCGCUGUUUGGAAAUUCCAUUGGAUUGUACGUGGUUUGUGCCAAGGAAACUUCGCGGCGAAUCACCAACCUCUUGAUCAAGAACUUGGCAAUCGCUGAUCUUAUUUUCACCGUCAUUUUAAUGCCAUAUUCAGUGCUGUUCAUGUUCCUAGAGCCGCAUCAGUGGUUUGGAGGGAUCAUGGGUGAAAUUACAUGUAAAGUGGUAUUCUACGCUGUCCCUGUGUCUAUUGCUGCGUCCGUUACAACAAUGGUGGUUAUUUCCAUGGAUCGAUUUUGUGCCGUCUAUUUUCCGCUGAAUCAGGCCUUGUUCCACAACCAUAGAGCCGUCACAUCAGUCAUAUGGCUUUUUUCUCUAAUCUCUAUGACGCCUUACUUAUUCAUCUUCCAAGUUUUCAAGGAAGGUGAUAUGUAUUCUUGCUACCAAGUUUGGCCCUGGGCUGAUGACCAACAUGAAAUGUUUCUGGCCCUCAGAAUUUUCCACGUCAUCUUGUUUUUCCUCCUCUACCCUCUUCCGCUGUUGAUAAUAGCCGUGGUUAACUCUCUGGUUGGUCGUCGGUUGUGGCUUCACAGGGCGCCGGGAAGCACAACUAGUGUUAACAGGGCAGCUGUUGAGGUCUCUCGCAAAAAAGUUGUCAAAAUGUUGGUCGUCCUCGUAGCUGUUUUCGCUAUUUGUUGGGCACCCACACAUUUGUUUCAUUACUUUGUUUUUUUCAACCAAGCCAUCUUAAACAAAAUCCCUCUCGUCGUGAUGAAUUUCAUGCUCUGGGUGUCCCAUGCAAACAGCGCAAUAAACCCUAUGCUGUACAUUGCCUUAAACAAGAACUUUCGCUACGCGUUUCUGGAUGCAGCAGUCGCUCUGUCCACUUCUCCUGUCCAUGCAGUAAGUGCCUGCAUGACUUACUUCUUGGAAAGACAAGCGACACCGGAGUCGCAUCUUACAAACGACCGCCCUGUUAGACAAAGACAGCACAGCACAUUUCGUGUGGCACCUGUAGUAGCAGUUAAUGGACACAAUGCAAGGCAAGGUCAUGAAACCAAACUUUAGGCACGACCGACUAGGUUACCGAAAGGCGGCUAAAUAAUAUCGAGGAUGAUGGAGUUGUUAAUCGAUUGACUGAUUUUUUUUGGUGUCGUAGGACCUGUUUAAUUGCCGGUAAAGUCAUGGUUUCAGCCAAAAAGUAUAAUUAAGUCUCUAUCAACCGACGUUACGUUAAAGGUCUAGACAAAACAAAGCGGGACAGAUCGUCAAAUAGCUGGCGUGUGUUUUUAUUGUAGAAUUUGAUCUGUGCUGUCCUAUUUGAU